AUGGGAGAGUAAAUCCGUAAAUUAAUUUAGUUCACAUUGUAGUAAUCGUCAAAGCAAGAGAUUUUAAACUAAAAGAUAAUUGUCCAUAAUAUCUAAAAGUAAUUAAGAAUAGAGUUAAAUUAAUCCAGAUGUAGGAACUCAUUCUCAUAUUAAUGCUAAUUUUGCUUAUAUAGCCAAUACAACAAAUUAAAUUAGGGAUGAAAUUCUGACGACUAAAUCAAGAUAUCGCAAUUUAGAUUAAUUACUUAAGAAAUUUGCAUAGAAAGCAUAUUCUCUAACCAAUAAUGGAGAUUGUUCAUUUCAAUCUAUUGGAUAAAAUAUUCAAAUUAUAAAAAAAGUAUAAGAUAUUGGUUCUAAAAAAUAUUACUUUAGAAUUAAAGUUUAUGAAUUAGACACUAUAGGAAAUAAAAUUAAUUAUUUAUUUGUGAUAGAAAAUAUUACAAAUAAAGAAGAAUUACGUUAAUUAAGUGUAAGAUACAAAUUUUAAUAAGUCUUACUAAAUUCUUUAUGUCAUGAAUUAAGAACACCAAUGAAUAGUACCUUAUCAUAAUUGAAUGCAUUAUCAUCCUUAAUUUAACCAUAAAUUAGAGAUAAGAAUCUAAUACCAGCCAUUAUCUCUGCUAAAAAGUUAAUGUUUCAAUUAAAUGAUAUUUUAGAUUAUGCUUAAAUUGAUUGUAAAAAUUUUCAUUUAGUAAAUACUUAAUUUGAACUGAGUGAAAUAUUUGAUAUUUUAAAAGAACUUUUUGAAUAAGAAUGCAAAGAGAAAAAUUUGUAAUUUAUUCUUAAUUUCUAAAAUCUUAAAGAUACUUAAGCUAUAUACAGUGAUAAGGAAAGAAUUAUAAGAAUCUUAGCAAAUUUAAUUGAUAAUUCAAUCAAAUUUACUAAUGAAGGUGGAUCUAUUAAAGUUUCUGUUUAUCAAGAAAGACAUUUUAUAAUCUUUUGUGUUUUGGAUGAUGGAGUUGGUAUUUCUGAUAAAAUCUUAUAACAUAUUAAAAACAAUAAAGAUUUCUAAAUGUAGGAUUAAUUUGAUUUUUAAUCCUAAACCAAGCUUGGUUUGGGUUUAAAAAUUUCUUAAUAAAUAGCUAAAUUUUUAUGUGUUGAUAAAGAACUAAAAAUUGAGAGUAAAGAAAAAUUAUUCACUAAAAUUUAAUUCAGGAUAGAAAAUAAUUAUAAAUAUUUAAAACAUUUAAAAUUUCCUUCAUUUUAAGGAUGUAAUUUUAAUAUUAAUUGUGAUUGCAUACAAAUUUUAAAUGUUGAUGAUGUUAGAUUUAAUCAUAGUGCAAUUGAAGCUCUACUUGCUUAACAUAAAAUUAAAAUGGGAAGUGCAUAUAAUGGAGAAUAGGCUAUUUAAAUGGUCAAAAAAAGAUUAGAAUAAAAUUGUUGUAAAACAUAUAAAUUAAUAUUCAUGGAUAUUGAAAUGCCUAUUAUAAAUGGAUAUUAAGCAUCUAAAGAAGUACUUUGAUUAUAUUAACUUAGAUAACAGCUAUUUUAGAUAAACAUAAUUUAACAGAUUAAACUGUUAUUGUGAUGUGUUCUGCCUAUAAUGGAUAUGAAAAUAGUAAUUUAGCUAAAACUUGUGGAAUUAAAGAAGUACUUCCAAAGCCUAUUGAAUAAAAAUAACUGAAACAAUUACUUGACAAAUAUUUAUUAUGA